AUGACCUGUAAGGCAAGAAAAGUUAAUAAGUUAUUUGGAUAUGAAUAUGAUCCUGUAACUCUGAAAAAGAUUAAAGGUAUAGGGCGGCAUAUGGCUCAGCGGGUCACUUGCAGUGCUGAUAGUAUUUCAAGGUUCACUAAUCCCCAAAUCGAUUAUAUUAUAGAACAAGUCAAUUCGAAGACAAUCACUGAUCAGAGUAGUGUAGACGAAAUCUUCGAGACCGUAGCUACUACUUCAAUUCAUGACUCAGAUGAUAAUUUUAGUAACACCUCGGAUGAUACAGUUUAUUUUAAAGAAGGGACGAAUGAAUCGAUUGAAGAGGUCUCUAAAAAGUCUGAAGUAAAUGCAUCAACUAAGCCCACACCAGCUAAGGUAAAUACCCUUUGCUUCAACGCCUUCGGCCAGGACCAGAUAAUACGCACGAUGGCGACUCCAAUUCAUGUAAUGAUGACUCUUGAUCCCGAUAGUAAUUCUGGAGAUGAGAACGCGAUAGAGGAUAUUACUAUCGUGACGGAAGAUACGAAAGGAGAGGGUCCCCAAUGA